AUGUAUAGGUUGAUGUGUGCGUUUUUCAUUGUUCUAAUAAAAACUAGUGAGUCUAAUAAACGCCAGAAAAAUCCUGAUGUUGUAAAUAUACCGAGCAAAGUCGAUAAUAUUGAUCAUCUGGCAUGGCCUGUGCCUUUUGGACAUGUAUAUAAAGAAGGUUUUGGAGAUAUUGGAGGUUUGAAAGCACCAGUAGAUAUUUUAGAUCUAAAUGUCAGACAUCCAAUGACAUCGGAAGAAGCGAGGGAAUUGCUGCAAACCACGGAUCCGCAUAAAAUUCAAUUUCAUACGCAAUAUGUAGAAGCUAGGGGUUAUACAAAUCCGAGAGACAGGGCUUUUAAGGAACUAGGAAUCAAGGGACCGGGACCUGAAAUAAAUGCGACGCAGUUUAAAUGGUUUAAUUUAGGUGAUUUAGAAGCAAGGAACGUGGCGAGAAAACCUUUUGUAAAUCCUCCUCGGAGAACUAACGGUGGGCGUCGUCCUGUUGGCCCACCGCCUAUGAAUAGCAGUAAUUUAAUUCGUUCGUCAUUUGUUCCGCAGCGCGAACACCGUACGGGUAAUGUUAAUUUAACACAAUGUGAUGAAUUUGGCAGUAAGGCAUACUUUUUUCCGAAAGAUAUAGUUAAUUUGGAUUGGGUACCAUUUUACGUUUGGGCUUUUGAGAAUCAGACAGCUAGAAUUCACUCAUUUAAAUAUGCUACUAAAAAGCUUGUCCGCUCAGUUCGAGAAUUAUACCGCAAAUUUAUUAAAAUAGAUUGGGAACAACCUAAAUUGCUAUACAAUGGAAUUGGUCAAUUUCUUCUCGUUGCAGCUGAUAAAAGAGGAUUGUUCCAUGCUUUGCAGAUAAUAGAUUCACCACCAGCUGAAGUCGUAGGGUCAAUACCAUACACACGACUACGUUUAAAAAUUGAAGAUCCUUAUUUAGUCGUGAUGUACUGCACAGACUAUUUCGCUGCUAUCAUGGCUCUUGUAGGUAAUGAACCUCAGACAGAUAAAGAAAAAGAGGAAGAGGCAAGCACUGUCGGAAUAAAAGGAAAAGGUUUUCCCGUCUCUAGGGAUCUCCAAGAAGAAAAAAUGAACGCAAUGAGAGAACUCGAAAUGAAACAAAUACCAAUAAAACCAGUAGAUGCCGAUGUACCAAAACUAAAGGAUCCAAAACCACAGACACAGACAUUUAUUUAG